GACUGGUGAAGCCCACAAUGCUGUUCGGCAGCUCGAUCCCGGGCAGAAGAAUAUCACCAGCAGCACUGGAAGCACCGAGCAUGCCUUGGCCAUGGGCACCAAUGGCUUGUUGGGCCCCUUUUCCUGGAUUGGGCUCUGUGGCCCUAAGAUGCUUUCAGCGAAAGGCCGUUGCUUCACUUUCGACUAUGGAGCAGAUGGCUUCGGCCGCGGCGAAGGCACAAGUGGCAUCCUUAUGCAAGUCACACACGAAGAGCCGACAGAGAGACUGGCGAUCUUCUGUGGCACCAACAUCAACCAGGAUGGCAG